AUGUCGUCAAACAAAACGUCCAGGAUAGGAGAAGAAACAAGAGUCGAUAAAGUCAACGCGGAGCUGGUCACAUUAACCUACGGAACGAUCGUUGCGCAAUUAUGCCAAGACUACGACAGCAACUAUCAAGAUGUCAACAAGCAGUUGGAUAAGAUGGGAUACAAUAUCGGAAUGCGGUUGAUUGAAGACUUCCUCGCCAAGUCAGGCGUAGGUCGUUGCGCCAAUUUCCGAGACACAGCGGAUAUGAUUGCCAAGGUUGGCUUUAAGAUUUUUCUGAACGUCACUCCGACAGUCACGAAUUGGACGAGCGACAACACACAGUUCUCUCUGAUCUUUGAAGAAAACCCCCUCGCGGACUUUGUAGAGCUUCCAGAUGAUGGGCGGGCCCAAGAUGAGCUCUGGUUCUCCAAUAUUCUAUGCGGUGUCCUUCGCGGGUCCCUGGAAAUGGUUCAAAUGCAGAUCGAGGCGCAUUUCGUCAGUGACGUACUGCGCGGAGAUGAUACCACCGAGAUGCGGGUCUCGCUUGUACGAUACAUCGAAGAUGAAAUGCCACCCGAAGAGGAGUGA